UGACACAAAAUAUAGUUGGUUAUAAAUCACAUGAAUUGAUGAGAGAAGAGAAACAGUAAAUAAAUUGAUAAGAUACUGUAAUUCGUCAUGUUCUGACAUCAUAGUAUUAAAAUCAUACAUUUUUAUUCUUUUGAUGUUUUCUCUGGUUAUAUAAUACAAAAAAAAAAUUAUCAGUUGUUAGUUCGACAUUACAACUCUUUAAAAUGACGGAGCAAAAAGCGAAAGCUCUACCUGAAACAUUAACAAAGUUGUUUGGAUAUAUAGACGCUCAUAAGGUAGAAUAUAUUGAUAAUCUGCGAGAAGCAGUUGCUAUAAAAUCUGUCUCUGCAUGGCCAGAUCAUAGAAAUGAAAUAAUUAAAAUGGUAAAAUGGAUGGAAGAGAAAUUAAAAGAACUUGGUGCUACUACGGAAUUAGCAGAUAUAGGAGUACAAAAAUUGCCAAAUGAUAUUGAAAUUCCACUUCCACCUGUACUCUUGGGUAAUCUUGGUUCCAAUCCUAAAAAGAAAACUGUACUUUUAUAUGGACAUUUAGAUGUUCAGCCAGCGCUUAAAGAAGAUGGAUGGGAUACUGAGCCUUUUGUCCUUACCGAAAAAAAUGAUAAACUUUAUGGACGUGGUAGUACGGAUGAUAAAGGACCAGUUUUGUGUUGGCUUCAUGCACUUCAAGCUUAUAAAGCCAUCGGUGAAGACAUUCCAGUUAAUAUAAAGUUUGUAUUCGAAGGUAUGGAAGAAAGUGGGAGCGAAGGAUUGGAUGAAUUACUUUGGAGUCGUAAGAAUACUUUCUUAAAAGGAACAGAUUAUGUUUGCAUAUCUGAUAACUAUUGGUUGGGUACUACAAAACCUUGUAUUACAUAUGGAUUAAGAGGAAUUUGUUAUUUUCAAAUUGAGGUAACAUGUGCAAGCAAAGAUUUGCAUAGUGGUACAUUUGGUGGUAUUGUACAUGAAGCAAUGGCAGAUCUCAUUUAUUUGAUGAAUACUUUGGUAGACGUCAAUGGGAAAAUAUUGAUAAAUGAAAUUUACGAUAACGUUGCUCCUAUUACUGUUCAAGAAUUAAAUAGUUAUGAAACUAUUGAAUUCGACGUGAAUGAACUUCGCGAUUCUUGUGGAGCAGUUACAUUACCUCAUAACGAGGACAAGAUUCAACUUUUGAUGCAUCGUUGGAGACAGCCAAGUUUAUCCCUUCAUGGAAUUGAAGGUGCUUUUAGCGAACCUGGUGCAAAAACUGUUAUUCCAAGAAAAGUUAUUGGAAAAUUUUCAAUUAGAUUGGUACCAAACAUGACGCCAGAGUUAACUGUAGCAAAAGUAACUAAAUAUUUGAAAGCAAAAUGGGAAGCCAGAAAAAGUCCAAAUAAAUUUAACGUUAUUAUGAAUCAUGGAGGCAAACCAUGGUCAGAAAAUCCUGAUCAUCCGAAUUAUAUAGCCGGACGAACUGCUACUAAACACGUUUAUAAUGUCGACCCUGAUCUUUCUCGCGAGGGUGGAUCUAUUCCUGUUACUCUUACAUUCCAAGAGACCACAGGUAAAAAUGUUUUGCUCUUACCUGUUGGAGCUGGUGAUGAUGGAGCUCAUUCUCAAAAUGAGAAGUUAAAUAUAUAUAAUUACAUUCAAGGGACAAAAUUGUUGGGCGCUUAUCUCUAUGAAGUUGCUAACGUUUAAUGUGCAAUUAAUAUCAUAAAAACUUUGCCAUUGCAUACUAAUUACUAUGAUACUUGUUAUAUCAUUUAAAGUUACAAUUACAUUUAUUAUUCUUAUGAAA